UGACAGGUUUUAGUUUCGGUUUCUUCCUGGCGGAAGCAAACAGAACACGGCAGUUCAGUUUAAACUUCCAAAGUUUCUUUAAUUCUCUAAAUCGUCGUGUUGAAACCCUGAGCAUUUUGUAUCUUAGAAGUAAACUGAUUGUCACAUCGUCCUAUUUACGGCAUGGCUGUGUUUGCCAAGUGCUCUGUGCUUAUGGACUUGAAAGAUUUGCCAUUUAAGAAGAGGCGGAGCUUGAAGUUGUCCGUGACAGAAAAUGGAGGAAGUCUUUGUUUUGUGGUCACCAAACAAUGCUCCUUUGUCGUGGUUGGCAACGUGUCACACCUAAGCUCCAGCAGGCUGCGCAGCAUCUGCAGGUUCCAAACGCCGGUGGUGGGGCUGGAUUAUGUGCACAGUUGUCUGCAGAGUGGCAUCCUCCUGCCUUUUGAGGACUUCAAGAUAGACAUAUCCUCCCUUGAUGCCUCCUCUCAAACUCUUCCUCUCUACUCAGCUAAACAAAGUCCAUUCCAUAAUGAAGUGAGCAGAGCCGUUGUCCAGCCUUCCGAGCAGGAAGCCACACUUCCAGAUAAGAGGGGAAGCGUACAGGGCAAGUUCAGGAUUUAUACAGAACGGGAUGAAGAUCUCCCAGCAUAUCCGGAUGACUUCAAUGUGGCCAAGUAUUCCAUCUUUCAUAAGGAUGACAGCAGAACUUGGUGUGUGUUGGAGCUGCAGAGUGCCAAAGGAAAGAAGAGGCAGCAGUACCGCGUGAUUCGCUAUUGGAAGGAUCAGACGUUACCAAAUGACAUGGUGACGUUCCCGUCGACCUCAGAAGAGGCUGUGGAGAUCUACCAGAUUCUGACUGAAACCCUGCUGGCCUCGGGUCUGCGCCUAUGGGCCGGCAUCCCCCCGCAGGAUCAGAACCUUGGCUCGGACCCCCUGCAGCAGCUGCUGCUGGAGGAGAAGCUCAACUCCGGAGUCUUGUCACAAGACGUGGGUGUCUUUGUGGAGCUUCUGUGGACCGAGGCCCUGGGUCACCUUGACAACAUUCUCCGAGUGCCUGUCAACCAACUCAGCCUCAAUGACGUGAGCAGAGCUGAGGGAUUGUUGAUUCAAGCGCAGAGAAAUCUGAAGGAACUCAAGGAUGGCACAGCGCACUCUCUUCUGCUUCAAGCUUACGACCUGCUGCCGCUAAAAUAUAAAGACCCAGCCUGCAAUCUCAAGGUUAUCUCCGAAAAACUGGACCUCUGUCAGCUUAUUCGAGACAUGCUGAACGUGAGUGAGAUGACUCUGAGAAGCCCCGCCCCUUCCUGCGUCGGCAAGUUUCGCGCCCUGAGGUGCAGUAUUGAAACGGUGGAGCCUGGCUGCCGCGAAUAUCUCACCGUGUCAUCGCUGCUUGAUGACAGAGCUGUGCAGAUCCAUCAGGUGUUACGUGUCAGCAGAGCCGUGGAGCUCCAGACCUUUCACGGCAAACUUGGCAACGUCAAGUCCCUCCUUCACUCAUCCGGCGUCAGCAACUUUGUUGGAAUUCUGUCACGUGGUUUGCUGCUGCCCUGUGUUGGAGUGGAAGAUUAUGGGAUUAAACGAACAGAUGCUGGCAGUCUUGGAAAUGGUAUAUACUUCAGCGAUAGCAUGAGCACCUGCCUAAAGUACUCAGUACCCAGUGUCACGGACGGCUCUCGGCUGCUGCUGGUGUGUGACGUAGCCCUGGGGCGCUGCCUGCAGCUUCACCAGAGACACCCUACUCUGACUCAGGCCCCUGAGGGACACGACAGCGUGCACGGCAUCCGCCGCACAGCCACCACUCACUCGGAGUUUGAGGGUGAUGAGUACGUGGUGUACAGUCCAGAGCAGGUCAAGCUGAAAUAUGUUAUCCGGUUCAGCAUAGAUGGAGACCAACUGAAGUCGUUCAGCCCAGCUGUAGACGUCUCGGCUGAGUCUUGUCUACCCCCUGCUGACUUAGCGGUCCUUCCUGAUGAUGAUGGCGGUGUUGGAAACAUCAAGAAUCCAUUGGAUGAUGUGACUGCAGGAUUACUUGACAGUUCAGGGCAGCAUCUCCCUCUGCUGGCUGUACAUGUGAAGUGCAAGUUGAGGGAUUUGCUCUCUCAUGUCAUCAUCUUUCAAAGGUACACUAAUCAGAGCAACGUGCCCAUUGAAGCCAAGUACGUCUUCCCUUUGGACGAAUACGCAGCCGUGUGUGGUUUUGAAGCCUUCAUCAAUGGCAAACAUGUGGUGGGACAGGUGAAGGAGAAAGAGCAAGCUCGUAAGCAGUACAAGCAGGCUAUAGAGAAGGGCCAUGGAGCCUACCUCAUGGACCAGGACGCCCCGGACGUUUUCACCAUCAGCGUGGGCAACCUGCCAGCAGGCGCCAGCGUGCUCAUUAAAGUGACCUUUGUGUCCGAGCUCAUCAUGAAGGACGGGAGUGUUUUCUUCUCCCUGCCCGGUAGUGUCGCACCAUGGCAGGAAAGUGCUGCGCUCAACCAGACUACGCAGGUGACAGUGGACAAAGUUUGUGUAACGGAUGACACAGCAAGUACAAGAGAGUUCAGCCUGGACAUGUCCAUCGAGAUGCCGUAUGAGAUCAGCAGCCUGCAAUGCAUUACGCACAAAGUCAAGAUCAAGAGGACCGACUGCAAGGCGGUUGUGAGUGUGCUACCGGGGCAGGUCAUGGCUCCGGAAGGAUUCCAGCUGUCAGUCACUCUGUCGGAGGUACAUCUGCCCAGGAUGUGGGUAGAAGAACACCCUGACAAGGACAGCCAGGCCUGCAUGUUAGUUUUCUACCCUAACUUUGACAUCAAACCCACUUCUGGAUCAGAUGAAGUUGUCAUUUUGCUGGACACGUCUGAGUCCAUGAGGGGAGAGGCUUUACUCUGGGCGCAGAGGAUUGCCCGGCACGUCAUCAAAACCCUUAACGGUGAUGUUAAAAUCAACAUCGUUCUUUUUGGCACAGAUCACACUCAAGCUUUCCUGACACCACAGCCACUUGAUAAAGCUCGACAAGCAGCUGAGAACUUCAUACAGUCCUUCUCACCCGUGGGUGGCAGCACUGAGCUUUGGAGGCCCCUCCAAGCUCUCGCACUGCUGCCUCCAUCCCAAGGCACCCGCAAUCUUUUCCUACUGUCCGACGGCCACCUCCAGAACUCCGAAGUCACUUUGCAGCUGAUCAGGGACAAUGUUGAACAUAGCCGACUCUUCACCUGUGGCAUCAGCUCUACAGCCAAUCGGCACAUGCUGAGAACCCUUGCCCAGGCAGGAUGCGGAGCCUAUGAAUUUUUUGAUGCCAAAAACAAGCACAAGUGGGCAGAGAAGGUGGAGCGUCAGGUGAGGCGCACGGCGUCUCCCGGCUGCAGUUCUGUGUCGGUCAAGUGGCAACAGUUCAACCCGUCGGCACGCCCUCCUGCGCAGGCCCCCAAGCAGCUCCAUGCGCUCUUCAACAACUGCCACACGCUGGUCUAUGGCUUUGUGCCAAACUGCACACAGGCCAGCCUGUUCGGAAACCUGAGCGGCCAGGAGCUAAGAACCGUGGUGUCCACCAGUGAACUGCAGAAGACGAGGGGCACGUUUCUUCACAAGUUGACAGCGAGAGCUCUCAUCAGAGAUUACGAAGACGGAAGCUUGGAUUCCAACCAAGCUGAACACGAGGGGAAGAAAAGCCAGUUAAAGUCCUUCAUCAUUGACUUAAGCAAAGAGUUCUCCAUCCUGUCUCAGUUCACCAGCUUUGUGGCCAUUGAAGAAAGGGAGCCAGUUGAAGCAGAGGAGGGCUUCACAGACAUCCCCAAGUUGUUGGCCGAAGAAGAUGUGGACAUUCUUCCCUACAUCAACUGGAUAUCUCCUCCUCAGACGUGUAGAGAAGAAGAAGAUGUGGACAUUCUAUCCUCCAUCGGCUGCAUCUCUCCUCCUCAGACGUGUAGCGAAGAAGACGACGAAGAUGUGUACUUUCACUCCUAUAUGGACUGCAUCUAUCUUCCUCAGACGUGUAGCAAAGAAGAAGACGAAGAUGUGGGCAUUCUAUCCUCCAUCGGCUGCAUCUCUCCUCCUCAGACGUGUAGCAAAGAAGACGACGAAGAUGUGUACUUUCACUCCUAUAUGGGCUGCUUCUCUCCUCCUCAGACGUGUAGCGAACGAGUAGCCGAAGCGUUCCUAGACAAGGAUCUAGGUUCUGAAUCAGACUCAAGUGAGACGUCCGACUCUUCGCCCACGGUGUGUUCCCCCCCCCCCCAGAGUCCCGGUUCAGGUUCUCCCCUUACAUUUCAAAGCCAAUACGAGGAAUCUAGGGCACCACGGCCUAGAUCGAAAAUGGCGUCAUUUGAAAUGGACAUUAAAUGUUGCCGACGUUCUCCUUAUACUAGGCCUGCGUUGUCAGACUCACUUUCUACAACUCUUGAUGCUACCCCACCUCCUCCAUUAGACAGCCCAUCAGUUGUUCCACCACCACCAGAAUCUCUUGCUCUGCCCCCACCAUGUGCACCCGGCCGCUGGUCAUUCCCUGCUCCUCCACCUCCACCUGGCCGUUCUAAAGAUGAAAACUACAUUCAGAGUUUGGGCUCAGCACUUCCUCCACCUCCACCACCUGUUCAUUAUUCUUCAUUUAGUGCUCAACCACUUUUCUCUGGUAAAUGUCUAUCAGGGCCAUCUUUUGUUCCUCGUCCACCAGAACCUGUUGACCAGUCAACAUUUUUUGCUUCUCCAUCUGCAUUUGUUAUUGCACCUCCAUUGCCACAACCAUCUGAUGGCGCAUCAUUUGAUAGACCUCUACCUCUCCAUUCAUCAGACGUAAGCCGCAUGCGGACUUUAGCCUUGUCAGUCUGUUCACCUUCAGUUGGACUUAAACUGAUGAACAGGGAAGUUUCCCAUUUGUCUCCACCUGCAGCUCUAACCUCAAUGCGCUAUCGAGAAACGAGGCAUUCUUUUGAAUCUAGGGCCAGUCCACAGCUCAGUCUACCUGCCAAGCACUUCUCCAUGGAAACCGAAGAGGCAGAUGAAUUGGUAACUGAUGGAAUAGAGUUAACGGAACCAGAGAUGGAGGUCGAAAUUUCUGACCAUUUCAGUCGAGCUGCAUCCGCAGAUGACACUUAUGGUGGCCAACAACAAGUUAUUUCACACCAGCUUGAUAAAGUUAUUUGUCGUGCAGUACCCAAAUGGGGAAUUCCAGAGCAAGAAUGGACAGCAUCAAAGAAGAAAACAUUCAAAUUCCAAGGUGAAACUUCAACCCAGUCUGCUGAAAAGAACUUGUCUGCGGUGGGUUUUUCAUUUGGGGGCCGAGCUGCAGGCAAGGCUGUACUGAACAAGGUGCAACAGGAAGCCGGUUCUAAAGACAGAACUUUGUUUGGUUCAACUAUGCCAGGACUCCAAGUAGCUCAUCAGACCGGCUGGACCAUGUUUGGGAGCAGAGCGUUUUGUGGGACCGCCCCAAUUCGUAUUUUGAAAUGGCCCAAAAUCUUCCAGAUGCAGACUUCUGAUGGCUACUGGGAGUCGAGCACUGAUUUGGGCGAGUGCAUCAAUAUUGAUCUCGACGGCUUUGCCAACGUGUUCCUCGAAAGUAAAGGCAUCCGCUCACUCGGCGUAAAGGCCCGUGCGGACAUUCUGAGGCUCCUGGCGACUCUUCUGGUCCUGCAGCUGAUGCGAUUGGAGAAGCUUCCAGAAGGCAUUUUGCUGCGCACGCUCUUCUGUCUGAACGAUACUCCCGUCAGCAGACCGGCCCACUGGCGUGAGGUGAAGAAGGCGGUUGACUGGGCCACCUGGGCAGACCGCCAGUACCCGUGCAUCUGCAGUCGCCUGGAGUUCGGUUUCACGUGGGAGUCGGCUACCCGGCAACUGCUGGGCUACGACAACUUUACCUUGCCUCUCGGCGGCCUGGCGUUGAGGAGGAACAUGUUUAACACCCCUGCCGCUCUGGUUGUCCACUGAUUCUUGUCAGAACACACUUUUUGAAAUAUUUUGCAUCUGCUCUCAUGCUCUCACGCAGUUUUCCAAAUAAGAUACAAAGUGUGCUUGUUUCAAGUGGUUUGUCACUCCCGGUUGAGGUUUACUGUAGAAAUUCAUUUAGAAUCGCUCGUUUUAAUUUGUUUUACAUUUUGUUUGGCUGGCGAAUUGUUUUGAUGGUUGGAUGUGAGAUAUUUGUUUUCUUGUCAUUUUCUCUCCCUUUGUAAUGUAAUGAUUUUUAAUGGAUUAAAAUUUAGGUAUAAAUAUUGAUUGUAAAACUAAUUUGGACCAUUUACAGAUUAUACCAUGAAUUAUUUGGGGAUUAUUUGAGGGUUAAUGCUAUUUUUUUUUUUGUGAAUUCAUAGUUUUUGCUUUCUACUGCUUCUAUUCAUCACGUUUGCAUAUUAAUUCUUACAUGAUUCAUAUGUCUUUCUACAUAGGGAGGUAAUUAGGACCAAUGUUGUGUUUUGUUUAAGAUGUCUGUCGUUGAGCAAGGAAAACAAAGAUGUGGAGUAACACUUGGUUCUUUAUUUACAAGAUCUUGGGUUGUUUAAUGGCGGUCAGUGCACAAGGCACUUCAGCAGAUGAAACAACAACGUCAUACUUCCGGUCAGAAGCCUUUAUAGUGUCUGCAAGCAUGAUGAAGGAAAAGAAGAAAAGGGAAGGGGGAAAUGGAAAAAAACAUGUCCUUAUAACAUGUCUGUUCUGUUAUCACCUGAAUGUUAUGUGACUGUGUCAUGGAAAGUUAACUGAGCUCUGUGUGCUAUCUAUGUCAGUGUUCUGAUUAAGCAACUAUGUUUGUUUAAAUUAAUAAGAGUAUUUACUCAUUGAUUAAAAUGAAAGUUUAUGCAUGAACUGAUACGAGUAUGUACACAUUGCUGUUGCUCCCUCUUCAAUACCAAUGUUUAAGAAUAAUCUUUAAAACAAAAAUCACCCUUGACCCUGUAUUGUUAAUCAGACCUUGCUGUACCAAUAAAUGUAGACAAAAUACAAGCA